GAAGUUGACUUUGAUGAAAUAAAUGAGCGGAAUGACAAUAGCGAUGAUGAUAACUUUAUUGAAGAAAUUGCCUAUUUUACCAAAAAUUUAACUGCACGACAUAUCCAAUUUUCUGCUAUUUCAGUUGAAUAUCCACCUACUCAUCCUGAAGGUUAUGCGAUUAUCUAUAAUUUUAUUGAAGGCGAAAAUUAUUCUCAAGUACAAAAUAAAGAUGAUAUCCAAGUUCAAAGAGCAAUGAAAGAUAAAGCUCGAGUUGUAUUUUGUGAU